CUGUUUCUUAACUGGCAUGAAAACAGCCGUCAAUCAGUGGCAGGUGCGCGCGCUCCCGGAACUUUUCGAAAACACGUUCAUAUGUUCCCGGAGGAAGAUUUUCAGCGACGCACUGGUGUUAGGAUUUUGGACAAGUCUGUGCAUGAUUACAGAAAUGACCGAGAGCACGGAAAACCUGCAGAAGUACGAGGAGCUGUUUGCCCACAGAUUCACGUCAGAGGACCAUGAGUACCAGGAGUACUUGAACCGUCCAGCUGACCGCCCACCCAUAGUCGAGGACUGGAGGGGUCGUGCGGGAGGAAACCAGAGAGGCAGGGAUAACAGGUACCAGGACCGUCGUGGACGCGGAGGUCAUGGGUGGGGAGGAGGCAGAGGCUGGGGAGGAGGCCAAGGCUGGAGAGGGGAUCGUCGUGAGCAGCAACACUGGCAUGACAGGGACAGGGACAGGGAUAGGGAUAGGGACAGGGACAGGGACAGGGACAGGGACCAGGACCGGCACUGGGGGCAUGGAAGUGGAUAUCAGUCAGGUGCUCCAGGCUCCAACCAGGGAUACAACUCCCAUCAUCAGAGACCAUAUUAUGACCGAUACUGAUCUGUACUCUAAUCUCUCAGGUGUUGUCUGUAUUUAUAGUAUUCAGUCUUAUAAAUUUAAUUUCAGUAUCAUAUAUUGCAGUGUACUGUUCAUUCUUUUUUUCAUUACCACAGUCUCAUAAGCAAGAACUGGGCACUAUAUCAGUUUUUUAAUAUUGUGAUGCACAGUUUAAUUGUCUGAAUUUAAAAAAGAAAAUACUCUAUUUUCCCAGAAUGAUCUCUGCCAAGUGGGAAAAUUACAGUUUCUGUUUGAUUUCCACUUACCUUUUUCUUACAUUAACAGUCAAUUUUCCCCAGUUUUGCUUCUUAUUGCUCAGCCCGGUAAUCAUGCUACAUUUUGGGGUACUGUUUGCUUUUCUAUACUGGAAUUGACAUUGAAAACACAGAAAAAACAUGAAUUUCUCUUUAAUAUUUCAGAUGUGUUAGUUGUAUUUAACAACAUUUGAUUAUCACAUAACUGGGAAGAGUCACUGAGGAGUUGUUUUCGGUGCAGAUAGUUUUGAUAUGAUACUCUGAUGAAUUAUACAGUACAGUAUUGUUGCAAAUGGUGAAUUUGAAUUUCCAGAGAAAAUCUAUUUGUAAUGCAACUUGUUGUCAAUAAACGUGUAUUUUCUUAAUAAGUGGCAUCUGUGUUGUGAGGUAUAGCUAAAUGUAAAUGUAAGACAAUGUUAUAGGCGUUUUAUAGGGAUACAUUAAUUUAAAACACAGGUCCAGUGUUGAUAUUAUUAAGGGGUUUGGAUGUCAGUCAUGAUGUGAGCAAUUCACAUUAAAUACUGUUUCUUUGUUAAUGUUGUUACAAAAUUCAUUGUUUUCUGCUCUCAGAUUCAUUCAGUUCUGCUAGGUUGCCAACUCAGGCUUUAGUGCCACAGCAAUCCCUGGCUUUGUGUUACAUUUUAUAAAAAGGAUUCCAAUGAUUUAUGCUGUGAAAAGCUUCUGGAGUAGAGAGAGAGAGAGCACUGGUAUGGGAUCAGUAUUGGUACACACCCUGUAUUGAGGUAUCAGAGUCGCAGAGAAAAAGUUGGAUCAGAGUAUUUUUAGCUUUUAUUAGUUUGUUUACUGUAGUAGUUCCCAACCUGAGGGUUCCAAGAUGAUUAAAAGCAUAAGGUAGAAUGACGUUGUUAGUUUUAAUUUGUUCUUUUUUCACCUUUUUGUGAAAAAUUCUAUAUUCUUUUCCUCAGGUCACUAAAAAUCCUUUCAUCACGUCUAAUGUUCACAGUGAAAACUAACUUGUGAUGUGGGAUUGCAAGACACUGAUUUGUUUGAAGGAGUUAUUAGCCUAAAGGUUAGAGACCACAGAUUUAUAAAGAGUAUGUACAGGUCUUGAAGUUUUAAAAUGUACUGCAGCUCAAAAAAGGCAUGCAGCUAUUAAAACUGGCUGAAAAAGCCCCAGCAUUUUAUUAUUCCAGUCCUAUGACCUAAUGUAAAAUAUGUGGAUUAUAAUUUUUUUAAUUAAUCAAUCCAUCCAUCCAUUUUGUGCUGCUUAUCCAGAUCAUGUUUAAAUAUAUUAUUAGGAAAUGUUAAUACGCUGGGAAGAACUGACAAAAGUGUGAUACAAAUGUCAGUCAACUCAGGCGCUUGGUAAAUAACGCUAUGCUUUAUUAACCCUACUGGUUUUCAUUGAUAUCAUUCAUGCUGUGCUAUUAAAUUUCAUUCUGUGUGUUA